CCUGUACAUUCUAAUAUUUUUCACAACAAAACGUUUAAAACUAUUAUAUUUCAAAUUUUGUAUAUUUGCAUCCAAUUCCGCUGUUUUAGAAAUCCUAAAUCAGUGUACCAUGGCAGAUGAUCUUCAAAACUACAAAUUACAAUUGCAGCAAGUGGAGGCUGCCUUGCUUACAGAUCCGCAAAAUUCUGAGCUGCUAAAGCUCAAACAAGAUUUGGAAGAAGUUAUCGAUCUGACAAAGGACUUGAUCCGGGCUCAGCAGGAAGCGGAACAGAAGAAAAAUGCAUAUGUAGAACCAGCCAGCACUAGCUAUUUCGAGGGAUUUUCAACCUCGGAAAAGAAACAAUCUAAACCCCUUCUCAUUUGGAAAGUAGGCGAUAAAUGCUCAGCGAAAUGGAUCGAGGAUGGACAAUACUACGAUGCCACCAUCGAAGCUAUUACGGACAACGGGGAAGUGAGCGUUGUGUUUGAUGCCUACCAAAACAGAAGCACGACAGUUGUGACCGAGCUCAAGGAGCGAAAAAUUAGGAACGAAGUUUUCCCUUCAAAUAGCAACAAACGAAUGCGGCCUAAUCAGAAAGAAUAUCUCAAAAAGAAAAAGCAGAAAAAACAACAGCGCUUCAAGGAGUUAGAAGAGGAACGCGAAACGGAAAAAAACAAAUGGCUCCAAUUUGCGGCGAAGAAUACCAAGAAAACCGGCGUCAAAUGCAAGAGUAUAUUCGCGUCACCGGAGAAUGUGAACGGCCGGGUUGGUAUCGGAACUUGCGGUGUAUCGGGAAAACCGAUGACUGAAUUUUCACAUGGGGAAAAGUAUCGGAAGGGUGUGUAAUUAGCGAAGCUUGUAAGGAUUUUUCAAUAGUUUUAGACAUAAGAAAUUUACUAUGCUGUAUUGGGAUGCCAUGGAAUAAAAACAUGUCAUUAAUUUUCAAUUGAAAUAUAAACUAAAAUAACCAA